AUGGACGAAUUCAAGAAAUACCUGGCGGAUCAGAUCCUGAGCGAGGAGAAGAUCGUUACAUAUCGAAGCCUCAGCAGAGCUUUGAAAGUGCACGUCAAUACGGCGAAGGGGAUGCUCUAUGAGUUCCAUCGGUCACAGAAUGGCAUGCGUCCUGGCACAAUCCACGCCACCUAUCUGGUCUAUGGUAUACAGAAGGCGGUGAAGGUUGAAGAAGAUGGAGACGUUGAGAUGAGCAGCUCUCCUCCUGAUGCCGAGCCUUUGUCUGAUGAGGUCACCACCCACUCCCUGAUCUUGGUCCCUGGUGAUCGUCUGAAGGAUGUAUUGGCAACAUACGAAGAAGUGUCUUCCUUUCACAUCUACAGCUUGGCUAGGCAUCCCACCACAGAGUUGCAGAUGCUGGCGGAUAUCACGCAGCAGAUCAAGGAGCAGUCGGCUGGCGAUAGCACAUCUAUGGCUGAGACGUACGGUACCAUUACCAACCCUAAUGUCCGGAAGCGCGAUCGCCAGGGACGACCCGUACCGGCAGCCGCGUCUGCAGCGCCAGCAACCAAGUCUAUUAAGGACCUCGCACCGUCUGUAGCCAAGCCCGCAUCCCACGAGCCAAAGACAGAGCCGGCCAAGCAAGACACAAAGACUUCUGCCAAGGAUGCCCCGUCAUCCACAGCGGGGACCAAGAAGCAGGCACCACCGGCUGCAUUAAAGAAAAGCGGCUCCUCGGGCAUCAUGUCGUCGUUCGCCAAAGCGGCGGCAAAGGUCUCAACCGAAACAACGGAGGCGCCGAAAAGAGAAACACCAGCUGCCUUGUCUGAUGAUGGCGAAGACGAUGAAGACAUCCCAGCUGCCAGAUCCUCGGCUAACCCAGGACGAAAGUCAAGAAAAGACCGCGAGGCUGAGCUGAAGCAGAUGAUGGAGGAGAGCGAUGAAGAUGAGCCCGAGGAGAAGGAGGCGGAAUCCGCGGACGAUCCGAUGGAGGAGGCGCCGGAGCCAGAGGCUCAGCCCGAACCCGAGCCUACGGAAGUUGUCUCUAGCACUGGCGACGGCCGCAGACGUGGCAAGCGGAGAGUCAUGAAGAAGAAGCAGAUCAUGGAUGACCAGGGCUAUCUGGUGACCAUUCAAGAGCCCGCUUGGGAAGAGUUUUCCGAAGACGAAGCUCCUCCGCCGCCGUCUAAGGCUAAAUCUUCAUCUACGCCUAGUUCAGGAAGCCAGCCUUCUAAGGGCAAGAAGGCGGCACCCAAGGGGCAGGGCAACAUCAUGUCUUUCUUCGCGAAAAAGUGA